GUAUUAAAUUUAGAAUGCAUUUCAAUAUUCAUUCCUUUCUUUUUACAUCAUCAGUAAAAGACUUUAACCAAAAACCAUUUGUACGUUCUGUAAUUGCUUUUGACCUGAGGUGUCUAUACUUGAUCUCAUUUUCUCCCUUUCUAAUUCUUCCCUUUGCAAAUGUACAUUUUCAUGAAAUUCUCGUGAACACUGUUGUCUUUAUCACAAAAUAAUAUCCAAAAGCUGUAAGAAUAUACCAUAUCCACUAUAAAACCCUCUUUUGUGCCGCAUUUUUACUUUAAUAGAGUUGUCAUUUUUGACAAAAGUCGAUGGCUAAUCAGAAUGAGGUUCAUGGCCUCUAUUGUGAUAAUGAUUUACAAGAAGGUCAGGAUGAAACAACAUUAUUCCCCGAUAACAAUGAAUCAAGUUUUUCCAAUGAUGACAGUUUUGAGUUAGCUAGCAGUGAUCUUGUAUUACUAGAUACUGUUGAACAAAAUCUGACCUUAAACGAUACUACCAUUAAUCCCCCCAGACCUCUGGCAAUAUCAAAUAAUCAUACUGGCGGCUAUCACAAUUCUGUACCAAGUCAGUGUGCUCCAAGUAGCGAGGCAUACGACGAUGGUUGGGACUUUUCCUCGCUACCCAAUGAAGUUGAAGAAAGGCUUGAUCCAUUGUUUCUUGUAAUUGAAACAAGGGAAGAAUAUGAAGAAAAAAAUGACUAUUCAUUUAUGAAGAAGGUUAUCCUGCUCACGAAUAUUGUUAACAGAAAACCGUCCACCGCAAUUCUGUUGGACGAGUGGUCGGAUACUCCAGUGAGAACUGGCGAUUCGUUGGCGAUAUAUGAUGCUUCUGAAAUUGAAGGGGAUAUGAUUGUUUCGAACUCCAACGGAUAUAUUAUCAUGUUUCCAUUUUACUUAUUAUCAGCGACAUCCGUCGCCGAUUCAUUUACAUGUUUAAGACGAGCAACUUUUAAAGAAUGGUAUGGAUCUACACAUUAUCUAACAAAACCAAUUGUUUACGGAAACAUUUUGCAUAGGGUUUUUCAGAAUUGUCUUCGUGACCCAAAUGAGUUUACCGGAUUAGAUAAAUUGGACGCUCUUCUACGUAACUCCAUCAAAUUAGAAACAGUUAACAUUCAUUUCGCUGGUCUCACUAACGAUCAGUGUCUGAAUGAAUUGAGAGAACGUUUGCCUGCUAUUAGAAAAUGGAUGCUUUCAAUCACAACGGGUGAUGAACGUCAGCCUGUAUUGAUUAAAGCGUUGAUCGAUACCGAAGAAUCAAUAUUGUCUUAUAGGUUUGGACUCAAAGGUAAUAUCGAUGCUACUGUUGAAGCUAGUAUUACUGGAAUGCGACCCUCAGUUUAUCCAUUGGAAUUGAAAACAGGAAAAGUUACCAACACUACAAGUCAUUUCGCUCAAGCAUUAAUGUAUACACUGUUAAUGUCUGAAAAGAGUGGAUCAGAUAUACAGAACGCAUUACUUGCUUACUUGGAAACAAGUACUUUAACGCCAGUAAAAUCUACGGUUAACAAACUACGUGGAAUUAUCAUUGCUCGAAAUAGACUCAUAAGCUCUAUAUGGCAUCAUGAAAUACCACCAAUUGUGGGAAACGUUAGAACGUGUCAACGUUGCUACCUUUCUGAAGAGUGUUUUACGUAUAAUGAAGCUUUUAAAAACGAAGACUCGGAAAUUGAGCCUAUACAAAGUCUUUACCAAUCAAAACUUGAGACUAGAGAUAAAAAGGACAUUGAGUUUCUGCGGAAAUGGGACCGUUUGCUUCUCUUCGAAGAAAAAAUCAUAUCCAAGUGCAAGUUUGAUAUGUAUUUUCUUUCAGCUGAGGAAAAAGAGGAACGAGGUGAUUGUGUAAACAAUUUAAAACUAACUAAAUUUCCGCUUGAUCGUGGCUCCUCAUUAAGUAAACGCUAUUUAUAUUCCUUUUUUAAGGAUGAAAGUAUACGUACUUCGCUGAACGUUGGUGACCAUGUUCUACUAUCAUCAACUAACGGAAAGUGGACUCUAGCGAAAGGUGUAAUCACCUACAUGGAACGAAAUCAAGUCGAUACAGAACUGAACCAAUUUCUCAGUCCUACAAUUUUAAAUAAGUUUAAUUCUGGUGACCUUCCUUUUCCUGAAACUGAUAGCGUAGAUGCAUUAUUCCGAAUUGACAAGGACGAAUAUACAGGCGGUCUAUCUCUUAUUCGAAGCAAUAUACUGAAGUUAUGUAUUCUCGCCGAACAUGAAAGUCUUCGUAGGUUAAUCAUACAUCUCGAUGCUCCCUCGUUUACAAAACAUAAGACAAAACCUGCUAGUGUGGUUAUGGAACAACUAAAUUCUGAUCAGCGAAAAGCAAUAGACCAUGUUUUAUGCGCCGAUGAUUACGCUUUAAUACUUGGCAUGCCAGGUACUGGAAAGACGACUACCAUCGCUUGUCUCAUACAUACCCUAGUAUCUAAUGGAAAGUCCGUACUUUUGUCCUCUUACACUCACACGGCAGUUGACAAUAUAUUGUUGAAAUUAAAGCAAUUCAACUUUCCUAUUCUUCGAUUAGGCUCAAAGUCCAAGGUACUACCAGAAGUGUUUUCAUUUUGCUUUGGCGAACAUGAUACAGCAAGUGAUGAUAUUACUGUCAAGAAGAUUUACGAGGAACCACUUAUCGUCGCUACUUCUUGCCUGGGAAUUCAGCACCCAUUAUUUUCGAAAAGAAAAUUUGAUUAUUGUCUCAUUGAUGAGGCAUCUCAAAUUCCUCUCCCUGUAUGUCUUGGACCAUUGGAGAAUGCACAUAAGUUUGUACUAAUUGGUGACCAUUAUCAAUUGGCACCAUUAGUUAAAAGUUCAGAAGCUACUGAGAACGGAUUAGGCUUAAGUCUUUUCAAGUUACUUACAGAAGCGCAUCCAGAAGCUGUGAGUUUAUUACGCCUUCAAUACAGAAUGAACGAGGAUAUCGUUUCGCUCUCAAAUAAACUAAUCUAUGGAGGUAUGCUUCAGUGUGGCUCUCAAAAAACAGCUCUAAAAAGGCUUCAUAUUAGUGACACUGACCCUCAAAAAAUUAACCGGUUGCUUUGUUCUGUGAAAAUAGGUAACAGCAAUUUACCAUGGCUCCAUAAAUUGCUUGAUCCUGCAAAAUCUGUGCUGUUUUUUGAUACUGAUGGAUGUUCGGCUAGCGAAACAAAAAAUGGACGAUCUAUUGAGAAUAUAAAGGAGGCAGAUUUUAUAUUUAAUUCCGUCUUAGCACUAACUGUUCUCGGAUUAGAACAAAAAGCUAUCGGCGUGAUUACUAUUUAUCGAAGCCAAGUUUAUUGCUUAAGACGAGUUUUAAGUGAUUUUCCCGAAGUCGAAAUUAACACUGCAGAUAAAUAUCAAGGACGUGACAAAGAUGUGAUUUUAUUAUCAUUUGUUCGCUCUAAUCCAAAUGACUCCGUCGGUGAACUGCUUAAGGACUGGAAACGUAUCAAUGUGAUCUUAACUAGAGCUAAAACUAAGUGUAUCAUGUUUGGUUCUAAAAAAACGUUAUCGUCUGCAACGUUAUUCCGAAGUCUCUUUUCCUUUCUUGAAGAAAAGGGGUGGCUAUAUUUACUAAAAGAAGACAUUGGUGCAGAUGGAACGGUUUUAACAGCUACAACAAACAUUACUGAACACUGUUUUAGAAAUAAGAAACGUGAACUUAAGGUAUUUGACGGUGAAAACGUGUUAUUGAAAAAAUCCAAGCUUGCAUCCUUUCUUGUUGAUCCCUAACCUUUAUGAAUGCAUACCUUCUAUUUUCUCCAAGACACGAACACUUCGUCAGUACGAUACCUUUGUGUAAUUGUUGAAUCUUCCAAUGAACAAAUACUACCAUUUUUAAACGCCAGAAGUCCAGCUUGAGCAAUCAUAAUGCCAUUAUCGAUACAGAAUCGUUCAUCCGUUGCAAAUAACAUGGCACCUCGCUCUUCGCACAUCUCGGACAUCAUCUGUUGCAAUCUUUUGUUACAUCCGACACCUCCAACGAUGAGAACAGAAUCGGCGCCAACAUGAGCCAUGGCACGUUCUGUAAUUUCAACGAGCAUCGCAAAACCGGUCUCUUGCAAUGAAAAGCAUAGAUCUGAUUUUGUAUACUUUCCCGCGUUUUCUGGAGAUGGAUUAAAUAGUAGUUCAUCUGCAGCAGCUUCAACACCGGAAAGAAGUCCUGAAAAUGAACAAUCCAUUCCCUUUACGGUGUAAGGUAGAUCCACAAAUUGUGU